CUGAGCAGUUGCUCCUCCAGCAGCUACUCUUCACGAUGUUCAGCAAUAGCAACACAACAAAUCAGUCUACAGAGGUUGUACAGAGCAGGACCGUUGACCCAUUCGGGUUUCCAAACAUUGGACAGAGCUGUUAUAUGAACUCCAGCCUGCAGAGUAUACUGGCACUGGAGGACUUCGUGAGGGACAUCAGCCGCAUGGAACAGGUUUGGAGUUCAGUCCCUCAGGGUAAUCUGAUGAGAAGUUUGAUGAAGAUCAGGGAUGUUCACACCUCUACAGACCCAAAGAUAAAAUCCAGCCUCCUGCAUUCAUUUAAGAAGACAAUUUCCAUCCAGGCUCCCGAGUUCAGAGACAAUCAGCAAAAAGACGCUCAUGAAUUCUUGACCGCAGUCUUUAGCCAGAUGAGGAGUCUGGGCCCUCUGCUGAAGGAGACAGCAGCACUAAAGGGCAUAAGUUACACCUGCCCUGUGGAAGACCACCUGGUAUUCAGUAUGGAUAGCACAAGGACAUGCAAGAGUUGUGGGUCCCAGUCAGCGAGACAAGAAGAAUUCUGUAACUUGUCUCUGGACCUGAUUUCUGGAGGCUCUAUAGAACAAAUGCUUGAAGGAUAUCUGAAGGAGACAGAUUUAGAGUUCAAGUGUGAGUGCGGAGGGACGUCGUCGAACCAGACAUUGUCCUUCGCGACCCUGCCAAGAUUCAACAAGUUGUGUCGCAUCUUGCCCUACAGAGUGCUCAUAUUGCACCUGAAGCGUUUUUGCUUCACUCCCUCCUACACCCUGGAGAAGAUCCAAGACCCCGUCCAACUACUGAGUCAUCUGGAAGUGUCCUGCAAACAGUCAUAG